CAGGCAGCCCGACCGCCUGCUCGCUCGCUCGCUCUCCCGCCGAGCACAGCGUCUUGCUGGAUCAUGGCGUGGGGCUUGGGUGGUUGCAGGUUAAAAGUGGCCGCCGAAGGAACUCGCCCUCCUUCCUUCCCGCCCCGCGAGCUGAACUCUGAAGCCCGCUCUAAAUCUAAAGGUUUGCUUUAAGAGAUGACAACGGCAGAUCGGCUUGUGUGUUUGCCGCCCGUUGACAGGGUUUGCUGAGUCCGGAACCUCCUUUGGGCGUGAGGGAUUCGUGAAGAGGAGAGUGCUUCUGAGCGUGUGUAGAGUGCAUUUCUCUCUUUCCACUGCCCCCCGCAGUUGAGUAGCCGCACCAGGGAGCCUAGGUUCGCGUGGGAUUUCUGCUAGACAGGCUUGAGCCUCUAAUUUUAGAAACUUAAGGAUUUAUGGAAGGCGGGGGUGAGGGGGGAAAUGUCCUUUUUUUGGUCCAGCCCUCCUCCUGAUGUGCUAUCUUGCCUAGAAACUGAAGACGGCUUAAGACUGGUAUGCAUUGGAAAUAAAGUUUAAUAGUACUCAACUCCAUCCAAAAUAAUGGCUGCCAAUUUCUGUGAGAACUGUUCCUUUUCAUAUUUUCAACAUGGCCAAGCCUCCCAUCAUUCUGAAGCUAGUGGAGCUCUUCUGCUCAUCAUGCUUGGGAAAGUCAUGCUUAAUCUAUUUUUGUUACAAGUCCGAAAACCAAAUCUCCGUGAGAGUUAUAUGGGCUAUUUCUGCAAUUCACUAGCCUUUGUUGACUUUGUGCUUCUAGCGACAAUGUCCCUCAUUGCCUGUUUUCAGGAUUUCAUGCUUUUAGGCAUCCGAUUUACUGUGUAUCAUAUCUGCCUUCUGGCUCAGAUAGCAGCCCUUGCCUAUGGAAUCUUAUAUUACCCAGUUUCUUUUGUAGCUGGUUUGGAUUAUUACCUUACAAUAACCCAAACUUCCAAGCGUCCCAACAUGUGUUGGCGAUCACUAUACGCAGUUGCUGUUGCCUUCACAUGGAUUUCAGUUCUCUGUUAUGUUCUGAAUCUUCCAGGCAGCUCUAUAGGACUAGAGGUAAGCCAUUCCAAUUCUGCCUCCCAGUGCCCUUUCUACACCAGCAGCCAGAGCUACUGGCUGACGAUAGGCAUGGUGUUUAUCAUAUGCCUGGUUCUUGCAUUCUGUUGGUCAGAAGUUUUGGAUAUGGUAAAAUCAAUUAAACUAAUUUCUAUUGAGAGAGAGGUUGUUUUGUUCUUCCCUUACAUGCCCGAGUGCAGCUUCAGAGACUCUGCGAAGCAUUUUUUGACAAGACUUAUUAUCUGCUUUAUUGGCACUUGGGCACCAUUUGUGCUCCUUCAGAUGCUAAUCCUGCUCCUUGGUGCAGAGAUUCCUGCUUGCGUAGAGAUGAACGUUCCCUGGCUUUAUUUUGCCAACAGCUUUAUUAUUGGAAUCGCAUUUUGGGUCAGGCGCCACCAGAUUGAAAUGACAGAAGAGACUUGGGAUGUGGAUCCAUUUGUCAGCUGGAAAUUCUGCUUUGCCCCAUUCAACUGCCAAGAUGAAGAGAAAAGUCAAAAGCCCCCCACCCAAAGUUUCAUCUGUUAGCAAGCAGCUGUGAGAGAGGAAUAUUGAGUUACCAUAAUAGGUCGGGAAAUAUUGUAUUAAUCUGCGACAUUUGUAAACGUUUGUAGGUUUUUUGGAGGAUGAAUCACCAAUAUGUGUAUGUGAGCGGUGCUAUAAUUGUGUGCUGUUUACCAAGUUGGGUGCUUACAGGUGAAACUCAGAAAAUUAGAAUAUCGUCAAAAAGUGCAUCUUAGUAACGCAAUUUAUAUUAGAUGCAUGACAUGCAAAGCAAGAUAUGUCAAGUCUUUAUUUGUUGUAAUUGUAAUUAUUUGUCGUUAGGCGGGUCAAUUAUAAAUGGAAUGUAAAUAAUGUAAUGUAAUAGCGAUGUUUAUUUUUGUAUUAUUGUAACUAUUUGUUUUAUUAAUGUGGAAUUUCCAAAAGAAAGCAUUUGUAAAAAUUAAAAUAAAAAAUAAUAAUAAGUUGCAUUACUGAAAUAAAUGCACUUUUCGACGACAUUCUAAUUUUCCGAGUUUCACCUGUACUUCAAUAUAAUAACAAAUUACUGUCAAAGGUGCCCAACAGUGUUGUUUGUAAUAAUAACCAAAUUCUGCCCUCAUUUCAUUCAAGGCUCUCAGAUCCAGUGGAGGCUACCAUGGAUGGAAGGAGGUAGUUUUUGCAAUUUCCACCUUUCUCUUGCAGCCCUCCAUGCCACCUUCUCUGCUCCCACCAAAUGCUGUCCCAAAGGUUUCCUCAACCCUUGGAUCAGAUUUGGCGAUGGGGCAAGGGUUGCAGAAGGCAUGGGGAAUAAUAGAAAAUUGCCUCCUAGUGCCCUUCCAUGGAAGCUUCCACUGGAUCAAAGAGCUUCUAUGAAUGGUUGCCAUCGGGGAAAACACCAAUGGCUAAAAUGUUUUGAUUUGAAAGACAGAUAAAUUGAUCUUUUAAAUUAAUCCUUGACGAUACCUGAUGUGUGCGUAUUUUUAUAGGUUUUAUUACGAAUAUUGUGUAUGUGUGUUUUAAAUUCUAUUUCCCCUCUGAUUAUUUGCAGGGGGUUAUGGGUUGUUCUUGUUUUUAUUUUGAUUAAAUAUUUUGUGUUUUUAUAUUGUAUAGGGCGGUAUAUACAUUUAAUAAAUAAUAAAUAGUUUUAUUACACAGCGUUUGAACAACACAUUGGAAAUAAAGUAAUAAGUGGCUGUUACUCUUCCUUCAACGUGAAAAAAGACAUCAAACUAGACAAAUGGAAGUAGCUUUUAUUUCUGCAGCACUGUAUUCACACUUUCAAUGUAAAGUUUCAACUAUAAACCAAGUUGGUGAUGCAGUAGGUCAAAUAUUUAACCCCACAGGAAGCAAAUAUUACCACAUAAGAAUGCUCAAUUUAAAAAAAUGUGUGUGCCAAUAACAAAAGGUGCAAUUACAAGCAAAUUGAAGCAGCAAUAGUAUAAGGUGCUUUGAUUCAUCCUUUGUAUAAUCUGAUUAUUCAUGGACAGAUUUAAUAACAAGUAAAUUUUACAUCACUCCUACAGACCAUAACAAAUAUGAGAAUCUAAAAUUCAUCCACAUGCUAUGUAAAUAUGAAAGUGCUUUUUAUAUAAAAAGGAUACAUACAGAUCAAUUUUUACCGAAAUCACUGUGUGGCUUAUUCUUUAAAUGUAAAAAUGAUACAGCUGAAUUAGGAGAGGGAUAAUUUUUUUAAACUUUCACUGGAAACAAUGAAAGUGCCAAAUUGUUGCUACAUAUGCUUAAACCACUUGUUUAGGAAAAUCGAAGUACCAUUCCAUGAUACAAACACAGACGUACAUAUAGUACUAUUAUUUAUCGAAUUUAUAUACCACCCUGUACUCAGAGGUCUCAGGGCGGUUCACAGAAUAAAAUCAAAAUAUAAAACCACAAAAUACAUAAUCAAAAUAAAAGCAACAACCCAAUAAC